CAUUCUUUAAGAAGCAUAAAUGAAACCAUUGUAUCAUUAUAUUUCUUGUAACUAGUGUUCUCAGCAGUUUAUUGUACCACCUAUGUCAUAUAUGUUUCGUAACAUACUGACGAUUUUCAAAGUAUUCCUGCAAUAUGGUUACUUUAAUAUGAAUUUUAAAAUAUAUUAAGUUAUUUACAAUGUGAUAUCUGUACAAGGGAUAGAAUGAAAUGCGGAGUUUUCCAUAAAUACUUGAAUUUGAAACUGAAAUGAGUGUGUUAAUAUAACUGGUUACAAGAGUAUUUCUUCUUGAUAAAAAGCAUAAAUAUUUUACACCAGUCACAAAUUAAAAGUAUUUUCCAGCAAUGCAAAUAAAUAUUAUUAACAUUUCUAAUAAUUAUUACUAAUAAAAACACGUGUAUGAGUCCUAAUUCUAGCAAAUUAUGUUUCGUGUUUUGCCCUGAAUGUGGCGCUAGUUGUUCAUGUAUGCUUCGUAACAUUUUUAGCGUUGUCCACAUAUUGAAUUCUCGCCAGUUUCCAGCACAGUAACAGAUAUGUGGAAGACGUUGUACAAUAACAAAAUUUUGUACAAGAAUGGUACUGAAUAAAAGUGCUCAUCUGAAGAAAAAUUAACGUAAUUUUUUAGACAUGUCUUUUAGAGUGUGGUGUUAUACUGUGCAGAUUAUUUUCACACUUUGCAAUUGAGAAAUAUAUGUUUGUUAAAACAAUAAUAAAAAGCGAUAAUAUUACUUAAUGUUUUGUCUUUGCUACUAAUAAUUAGUAACGGAAGGCAUUUUCUUCUUUACGAAAUGUCUUCAUCUUUUGAACUUUAUUAAAUAGUGUCGUGAACUGCUCAGCUGCAUAUAACUCGACGUUCGUUAUAACUCGACGUUCCUAACGUGCUUAGUUCAUCUCGCUACAUCUAAUGAUGCUCCAAAAAUCCAGCCAUUUCAAUUCCCUUCGCAAAUUAAAAGAGGAGACACUGCAAGCAUAACAUGUACAGUUAUGCGAGGCAACGGACCAUUUACAUUCAGUUGGUUUAAAGACGGAAAUCCGAUGAAGAAAUCAUCUUCAGUCAGUAUUAUUUCUAGCAACAAAAUAUCUAAUUUAAUUAUAGAACCAGUAGAAGAAAAUUCGGCUGGAAACUACACUUGCAUUCUGCACAGUAAAGAUGGACAAGAUGAGUUCACUGCAUAUUUGAAAGUGAGAGCUCCACCAACUUGGGUAAAAGAACCUCAAGACGUUGAAACUUUAGAAGGAAGUACAGCGAGUUUAUUUUGCUUUGCGAAUGGCUCUUCUCUGCCCACGAUCACGUGGAGAAAACUAGAUACACAGGAUUAUCAAAAACCAAAAGCCUUUCAAAAAAUUUCUACAAAUGGCACUUUGAUGUUUCAGUUUGUGUCCAAACUAGAUGAUGGCAGCUACGAAUGUGAAGUUGAAAAUGGAAUUGGAGAGUCUCUUCGAAAAACCGCAGUACUUGUUGUGCAUGGUAGGCUCUAAAAGAUUUGAUCCAAGAAUAAUAUUUAAAGUUUUGAAAAAAAAAAGACAUUAAUCAUUUGGCAAUUAAAUAUUAAAUUCACGGAAAUAUGAAAGACUAAUUUUCAUUUGUUCAGUUCACAAUAAUCCGCUAGUUUUUCAGUUUUAUAUAUUUCAAUUAUAAGAUAAUAUUAUUAUACCAUUCUGAAAUAGUUAAAUUCAAAUAUUUACUCUAAAAGUGAAAACAAAAAAAUCCAAAUACUUACAAUAAAGGGUAAAUAUGAAUCUAGUUUAAUUUUGCAAUAAUGUGAGUUUUCUAUCAGCAAAACAGAAUUCUGUAAGACAGUUUGUUUAGAGUUUAUUAAACUAAUUGCCAUUCGUUUGUAUGACUGAGGGUUUACUAUAUGGAAACAGAAAAAGGUUUUAGCUGCAUAUAUUACAGUAUAUGAAAUAUUUUGCAUUAAAAUCUAUAACAGAUGUUUCCCUUGACUCUUUUGUUUCAGCUAAUGCUGCAAAAUUCGCAUUGCGUUCAAAAUUAAAAAUCAGUUGAAACGUGUAAUUAUUGAGGUUUUAUAUUACUUGACUGAAGUAAUGAAAUUGUGUAAAAAUUUUUAUAUAUUUUGGUAUGUGUUAUCCUUUCCAUAAUUUUUUUCUUAUCGGCAAUUUCAUAAAGCCUGUGCCUUCUAUUUGUGUUUCGUUAAAAAUAGCGAGUCGUCUGUGUAUCUGUAUUACAAUAUUCAACAGCGUUAUUAAAAUGGAAUGUCAGUUAAAAGUACAUAUUUCUUCUGUUCCAAGAUAAUAAAUUCGCUCUUAAGCGUUCCGUUAUGCUUGUAGCAAAUUGAGAAUACAGUCUUAAAAUUCUCCGAAAAUGAAACUUGUUGUCAUUCUAUGAUUUAUAUUUUAUACACUAUGAGGCAUUAAUCUACUGCUACUUUCAUGUAAUAAGUCCUAAUAAAAAUUUUUAAACCGUAGUUUUUAGUAUUUUCCUUUCAUAAUUUUAGUAAAGAAAUCUUCAUACAUUAUUUUCGAAUAUUUUUGUUUUGAUGUUACUUUAAACAGAUCUUAAUAGCAUGGCAUUCUUAUA